CGAAAGAUCUAACAAUCUAUUCUCGCCAUCUCACUCUUCUUCAGUGUUAUCGCUCUCUCAAUUCCAAACUCGAAAUAAGGGUUUAGGGUUUCGCUUUAUUCUAUCAACAAAAAAUGAGUUCUACGACCAAGGGUGGAAGGGGCAAGCCAAAGGCCACCAAAUCUGUUUCAAGAUCUUCAAAGGCUGGUCUCCAGUUUCCCGUCGGUAGAAUUGCAAGAUUCUUGAAGGCUGGAAAGUACGCCGAGCGUGUCGGUGCCGGUGCUCCGGUCUACCUCUCCGCCGUUCUCGAAUAUCUCGCCGCUGAGGUUUUGGAAUUGGCUGGUAAUGCCGCUAGGGAUAACAAGAAGAAUCGUAUUGUUCCAAGGCACAUUCAGCUUGCGGUUAGGAACGAUGAGGAACUGAGCAAGCUUUUGGGGGCUGUGACCAUUGCUAAUGGUGGUGUUUUGCCUAAUAUUCACUCGACUUUACUUCCUAAGAAGGCUGGAAAGGGUAAAGAUGAAAUUGGAUCUGCUUCUCAAGAAUUCUAGGGUUUCUGUUUGCUGUUGAGUAGUUGUAGUUUUAUUUUGUGCUAGUUGUAACAUACAAUUUUUGGUUUAUUUUACUGUUUCCAAUGUAAUCCAUCUCUACGGAGUGGGUAGUUCUGUACUAUGACCUUUCAAGGAGAUUAAUGGAAAACAUUGCUUUUGUUA